CCCUCUGAGGAGGCAGCAGGCUCCUUCUGCUGUCUUGUAGGUGGGCACCGCAGAGAUGAAGAGGAGGAAGAAGAAGUGGUCAUUGGUUGGCAAGAGAAGCUCUUUAGUCAGUUUGAAGUGGAUCUGUAUCAGAAUGAGUCAGCCUGUCAAACCCCACUGGAUCACCAGUAUCACCAGGAGAUCUUAGAACUGGAGGCUUCUGGGGGCCGGAAGAAUCGCCGAAUCUUCACCUAUACUGAUUCUGAUCGCUAUACCAACUUGGAGGAGCAUUGUCAGAAGAUGACCACCUUGGAAAAUGAGGUGCCCUCAUUCCUGGUUGAGCGGAUGGCAAAUGUCAGACGUCGCCGUCAGGACCGUACAAACAGGGAAGGCAGCCUCUCCAAGUCCCGAAUCAUCACCUGGAGACCAUCAGAAGAAUUCAUUAGGAACAACCAUGUCAUCAACACACCGCUUCAGACUAUGUACAUCAUGGCAGAUCUGGGACCCUAUGGAAAGCUUGGUCAGAAGAAUUAUGAACAAGUCCUCUGUACUCUGAAAGUGGACAGCAAUGGAGUGAUCACAGUCAAACCAGAUUUCACAGACAACAAAGGGCCUUACAGAAUUGAGAUGGAGGGGGAGAAGCAGGAGGUGUGGAAGUACACGAUUGACAAUGUGUCCUCACCAGCACAGCGAGAAGAAGAAGAGCGGGAACAGCGUGUGUUCAAGGAUCUCUACGACCGUCACAAGGAGUAUCUCAGCAGUCUCGUGGGUUCAGAUUUUGAGAUGACUAUUCCUGGCUCCCUGCGGUUCUUUGUAAAUGGAGAGGUAGUUUCAGCCCAGGGCUAUGAGUAUGACAGUCUCUAUGUGCAUUUCCAGCUGGAGCUUCCUGAUAACUGGUUGAGCCCACCACAUCAGCAGCUCUCGGGAAUAACACAGACUUGUGUUACCAAGUCACUAGGAAUGGACAGUGUGGCUUACUUCUCCUACCCUUUCACAUUUGAGAUGUCAUUCUUCCAUGAGGAUGGAUCUCCUGAUUCUCUCCCUCAGUGGCCUGUGCUAUACUUUGAGGUUAUCUCAUUGGAUUUCUGGCAGAGAUAUCGGAUAGAAGGCUAUGGAUCCAUAGUAUUGCCCUCAACACCAGGGACUCACACUUUGACCAUCUCAACGUGGAGGCCAGUGGAGUUAGGAACUGUGUCAGAACUGAGGAGGUUUUUCAUUGGGGGCUCCCUGGAAUUGGAAGACCUAUCUUAUGUGCGAAUACCAGGGACCUUCCAGGGAAGGCGUCUGAGCCGAUUUGGGUUCCGCACCAAGACCACAGGCAGUGUUACAUUCCGCUUUCACUGCCUCCUGCAGUCCAGGGCCUUUUUGGACUCUAGCUUACCUUGGAGGAAGAGGCAGAGUGUAAUGGACCUCAUGGGAAGAUUCAGCCAGCAAAGCUCCAUUAUCAAUGUGAUGGAAGCCUUCCAACGAGCCAGACGCCGAAUGCAAGAGGCUCGGGAAAGCCUCCCUCAGGAUCUAGUGAGUGCUUCGGGCACUGCUAAUCUCCUAGCCAGCAGUAGCCCCAGACACCGUGCUUUCCAAGGCCUGGGUAGCCCCUGAUUUUCUGUUCUCCUCUCCUGCCAUGAACCAUGGUCACCUGCUCCUGAGAACCAGGGAAAGUUGCCCUACACCCUCAGAUACCAUGGGAUGCCCUGCGGCCCACAUGGAGCAUUCUCUCUAUGUCUGGAUCCUGUUCUGCCAGAUUCCAGUAAGGCCAGUAUGUGCUGGGAUGAGGGCUGCACAGGCAGAGGGGCUCUGCUAUAGACUUGGCCCCUCCAGGGAAUCCCAGACUGGCCUGCCCUAUAGCAGGCAGCAGAUUAGGGCCCAGGUAUUUGGUGAUUCCACAGUCACCAAAGGAGGGAAGCCAAAAAGAAAGGUGAAUAAAUAAAAGUUUUCUUGACUUUUAGA